AUGCCUAUGGAUCCUUCUAAUCCGCCCAAAUCGAAGGCAAUCUACUUCCUCUCCAACGAGGCAUCAAAUGCCGUAGUCGCCCUCAAGAUCAACCACGAUGGCACUCUAAGCCCCGGCUCCACCACCCUCACAGGCGGCGCUGGCGGCAGUGGAACCAACGGAAACAUGACGGCCGGCCCAGACGCUCUAUUUUCCCAAGGCUCUCUCACAGUCUCCGGAAACUUCCUCUUCGCCGUAAACCCCGGCUCCAACACCCUCUCCGCCUUCGCCAUCUCCCCCCACGACCCCACCCAGCUCACCCCCCUCGGCGCGCCCGUCUCCACCAUCGGCGACUUCCCCAUCUCCGUCGCCGCCCACCCGCGCCACCCCACCGUCUGCGUCGCCACCAGCGGCGCGCGCGCCGGCAUCGCGUGCGGCACCUACUCGCCCCACGGCCUCUCGCCCCUCGACCACCUCCGCGAGUUCGCCCUCAACCAGACCACACCCCCCGCGGGGCCCCUCACGACCGUCUCGCAGACCUUCUUCAGCGCCGACGGCAGCCAGCUGCUCACGACGGUCAAGGGCGCCCCGCCGCUCAACACGACGGGCUACGUCUCCGCGUUCCCUGUGCGUGCGGCGGAUGGGAAAGUCGGCGCGCACGACACGCGCUCCUCGCCGCCCGGCACGGCCGUGCUCUUCGGCGUCGCGAAGAUCCCGGGGACCAACGACGUGCUGAUGGCCGACGCGUCGUUUGGCGCUGUCAUCACGACGACCGACGCCGCGGGCGUGACGAGUAUUGUCGACGGGGACGAGAAGCUCGUCGUGCAGGGGCAGCAGGCGACGUGCUGGGCGACGUUCUCCGAGGCGUCCGGGACGGGGUUCGUGACGGAUGUGCUGGUGAAUCGGCUGGUGGAGGUGACGAAGCAGGGGAAAUUGGGGCGGGUGUUUGAGAGCGGGAAUGGGAAUGACGGGUAUAUUGAUCUCGUGGCCGUGGGCGGGUUUGUGUAUGCGCUGGCGCCGGGCGCGGAGACGCACGUGACGGUGUUUGAUGUUGCGAGUGGGGGGAGCAUUGGGGAGGUGGAGAAUUUCAGGGUCGAGGGGGUCGGGAAGGCGGCGCAGGGCAUGGCGGUUUCGUGGUAG